UUUGGAGUAACCAAAUAUUUUCGCUAUAGUUUUUUUUUAAUAAUUUCGUGUGUGAAAAAGGAAUAAUAUUGAUUUUUUAUUGCAUUUAAUGCAUCUGCAGACUGGGCGAUCUCACAACCCCCAUAAAACGUGCACACCCCCCGUAGCAAGACGAAAAGUCGUGGAAAAGUUUUGUUUACCUUUUUUCGAUAUCUAUCUAUCCCAGAGUUCUGCCCCCACACCUGUGUUGGUGUCAACGCGUGCGAGUGUGCGUGCGUGCAAGUGUUGUGUGUGCAAAAAUGCAUCCGAAAAUCGAAUAGAUGUCCCGCAGCAAGGUUUAUGCUUUCAUUAUAAAAUUGUGAAAAAGCCAGGCACAUGGAAAAUGUGCCCGAUGCCAGCUGCAGCGCCUCUUCCCUGAAACUCCAACGGCAGCAAACUCAAAUCAAAGCCAAAAAUGUCCUAAUCAGAUCACAGAGCAGCAGCGGCAAGCUAAGCAGAAAUGAGGCUGAAACCACAACAACAACAACAGCAGCAGCAGCAGGAACAGCAACCACAAAAAAAGCCACCACGAGGACUCUCAAGAUCGGGGCCAUGCAACAGAAGCAGCUGCAGCCACCAAAUGGAGUCAACACCAGCAACAUCAUCCUGCUGCGGGGCACGCGCAAUGAGAACGGCCAGAUCAUUAUCCAGAACAAACAGGACAUUCUCACACUGCUCAACGAGCAGCAGCAGCAGCAGCAGGAGAAGGCCGCCCAGGCAUCCACAGCCAUUACACUCAAUCAAUUGCCAACGACCACCACAGUGGCUCGCAAGACGAUUGUACAGAGCUCGGGCAGCACCACCAGCACCAGCUCCACCAUAUCCAUUGUAGCCAGCAGCAGCAGCAGCAGCGGCGGCUGUGGUGGCAAGGAUACCGUCAGCAACACGAUCCUGCUGCAGACGCCCAUCAAUGCCAGUCAGCUGGAGAGCGUGCUGAAGGCCCAGGAGCGGACGAAGCAGGUGAACGGCAACCAGACCAAGCUCAUAGAGAGGCCCUUCCUGCUGAAGCAUGCCACGCGGAGCCUCAGCUCGGAGAGCAACUGCGACAGCAAAUCACCGUUCGUGCUGCAGACGCUCAAGCGACUGGAGAAAUCGCAAUCCAUUCUGGUCAUACGCAACUCCACAUCGGGCAGCACUUCCUCCAUGGCCGUUUCACCGCCUGUGAAUGUUGCGGCCUCCACAGCAACGAAUGUUUUGAGUGUGACACGCACUUCGAAGGCCGCCAAGGGCAUGGCUGGAGCGCUGCAAAAGCUCAAGGCGGCAGCAGCAGCGGGUGCAGGAGCAGGAGCAGCACCGACAACAUCAACGACAGGCACAACCAUACUGAGGCUAGGCAAAAGUGCCAACACAUUGGCCAUUAACGGUGCUGGGGGCAGCAAGCUGGAGGCCGCAGCAACAACCACAACGUCAACAGCAAAUAAAUUGUCCAGCACGGUGACAUCGGAGCAGCAGCAGCAGCAGCAGCAACAAUCGACAACAACGCAAACGAAUGUGCCACUUGGGAACGAUGGCGAACCUAUCAAACUACCCGACAAUUUGGAGAGCCUGCCAAGAGCUGACAGUUUUCCAUCACAGCGUCAUCGUUGGAAUACAAAUGAGGAAAUUGCUGCGAUUCUUAUCAGCUUUGACAAGCACUGCGAGUGGCAGUCCAAGGAGGUUCGAACCAGACCCAAGAGCGGUUCCCUGCUGCUGUACUCGCGGAAGAAGGUGCGCUACCGUCGCGAUGGCUAUUGCUGGAAGAAGCGCAAGGAUGGCAAAACGACGCGCGAGGAUCACAUGAAACUGAAAGUACAAGGCACUGAGUGCAUCUACGGCUGUUAUGUACACUCGGCCAUAUUGCCCACAUUUCAUCGCAGAUGUUACUGGCUGUUGCAGAAUCCGGACAUUGUUUUGGUGCACUAUCUGAAUGUGCCGUAUCCGGAUGAUAACAAGAUGGCAGUGAUUGCCCCCAGCAUCACCCUGUGGGGCGACAAGAAGGAGUGGACCAAAGAGGAGCUGGUCAGCCAACUGAAGCCGAUGCUCUCCACAGUUAAUUCUGACGAUGACUCCGACUCGGGCAACGACAUUGAGAUAUCGACGGCCGAGACCGUGGAGUCGAUUGUGUGCCAGCUGAUGGAGAAGCAGCGCUUGUCCCGCCAGGCGGCCCUGGUCAAGCAGCUGGACUGCGGCUGCGGAGACUCGGGCUGUGCCGAUGGCAAGACCUGCACACAUCCCGUCAUGCGGCGCACGGGCGGCAUCAUCAAGUCCGUGGCGGCCGCAUCGGCCUCGGAGAAGCGACUCAAUGAGGGGGCCUUCAACAAUGGCACGCCCAACGUGGUGGUGGCCAGCAAGCUCUACUCCCGCUGGGCGGAGCGGCCGCGACAGCGCAACGACGGCAUGCACCUGGACAAUCCGCACGCGCAGUACCACAAUGCCACGCAACAGCUGCCCCAGGAGUCGGCCAUCAAGUUUCAGAUCAUUCCGCCUCAACAGCAACAACAGCAGCAACAGCAGCAGACGGGACAUGGCGAUGGCAGCUAUCAGCAGCAAUAUCGUGGUGCCAAUCAGAUGCUGGCCGCAAGAAGCAAUCUGGUGAUGCAGCAGCAACAACAACAACAACAACAACAGCAGCAGCAACAGCAAUAUCACCAGCAACAGCAACAUCAGCAGCAGCAGCAGCAACAAUUGAGUCUGCAACGAUUCGUGGCCAGUCAGAGCCAGAAUUCGGCUCAUUUGAAUCAGCAUCAUCAUCGCCUGCAAAUUGCCAAUACAACAAUCACGGCCACAGCCAGAGACCCUUCCACAACAGUAGUAGCAGCAGCAGCGGCGGCAGCAGCAGCAACAACAGCAGCAGGAGCAGGAGGCGGCUCUGUCUUAAAUGGCAUGGAUACCGAACUAAUUGAAAUCCAAAGCCACAUGACUGCAAACAAAAUCAGUAACUCUGUCAGCAGCAAUGGAAACGGCAGCGGCAACGGCAGUGCCAGUGUCAAGCAAUUAUCAGCUCAAACGAACAACGAAUUAAAUGUCGUAAAUAAUAACGACCCCAGCAACAAUAACUUCAUGUACAAUCAACAGCAGCAACUGAAUACUUCCAGCAACAGCAACAACAGCCAGCAGCAGCAGCAACAGCAACAUUAUUAUAAAUUGCAACAGACAUCAGCAACCCCAAACAGUGGCCAACAACUCCAAACUCAAACCCAAAUACAAACACAUGCCCCAACCCUAGUGCAGCCCCCUGUUGAGGCCAUGUGCAUGUCACCUGAGCAUCGUCUCAGCAGCAGCAGUAGCAGCAGCAGUAACAACAACAACAACAGCAGCAACAGCACGGCUUCAACGUCUUCCGCUGUGAAUAGCCAUAACACCCCCUCCACAGUUAUAGCCACAACCACAUCUAUAUCUAUAUCGACAUCUACGUCCGGCACAUCGUCCACCUCGAGUUCCUUACAAUCGAUUAUCGAUGGCAAUCAGCAGCAACAAAUUACAACGACAUCGACGGCAGCAACUUGUGAUAAUUUAAUGAGCGCCAAUGCGCUCACUGAGCUGAAUGGAGGGAGCAGCAGCAGCAACAAUCAGGCCACAGAUGGCCAUAACAAGAGUCAAUCUCAGCCUCAAACUCUGAGCCAAAAUGGUUGUGCAAAUUUCAGUGCUUCCAGUGAUAACAGCAGCCAAAUAAGCGCCAGCGACGAGAGCAACAGCUUUGGGGCCAACAAUCAGAACAACAGCCAUAGCAUCCCCAGCAGCAGCGGCAGCCAUAGCAGCAGCAGCAGCAGCAACAGCAGCGUGGACGAGCCCCAGGCGGGCAAUGCUGCCGAGACCCUGAGCUUCUUCAACGAAACCCUGGAUCUAUCCCAUGAGGAUAUUCAACGUACACUGAUAGCCAAUAUGCAGCCAUACAAUACGGCUGCAGGAGAAGCAGCCGCCACGUCAACGAUAGAGCCUUUAGCAACAGGCGGCAGCAACAGUAGCCAAACCAACAGCAACAGCAACGGCAACAGCAAUCCCCAAGAAGUGGAGAAGAAACCUCCACUCGGCCAUGAAGUCGAAGCCGAACCUGAAGAGGAUGAAACAGACGAUGUGUUUGCCAAUCUGGAUGCGUUCGAUAUGCUCGUGGAAUUCCCCGAGCUGGAUCUGGAUGAUAAGCAGGCCCUGAACAAUACGGCCCUGGAGCAGGGCUCCUAUCUGGGACAGGCGGCCACUCAGGCCCAGCAGCUCCGCAAGAUCCACAACAUCUGCGACUUCAGUCCGGAGUGGUCCUACACCGAGGGUGGAGUCAAGGUGCUUGUUGCCGGACCCUGGACGAGCAGCAAUGGUGCUAGCGCCUACACGGUGCUCUUCGAUGCCCAGCCCGUGCCCACGCAGAUGGUGCAGGAGGGAGUGCUACGUUGCUACUGUCCUGCUCAUGAGGCGGGCUUUGUGACGCUUCAGGUCGCCUGCGGCGGCUUUCUUGUGUCCAAUUCGGUCAUGUUCGAGUACAAGCUGUCGCUGCUGGCCGACGCCCCGUUCGAUGCGAGCAGCUCCAACGAUUGCCUGUACAAGUUUACGCUGCUCAAUCGCCUCUCGACCAUCGAUGACAAGUUGCAGCUGAAGACGGAGCAGGAGCUGACGUCGGACCACACAGCGCUCUAUCUGGAGCCAAACUUUGAGGAGAAGCUGGUGGCGUAUUGCCACAAGCUGACACAGCAUGCCUGGAGCAUGCCCAGCACAGUGGCUAGCUGGACCGUGGGCCUGCGGGGCAUGACGCUGCUGCAUCUGGCCGCCGCCUUGGGCUAUGCCAAGCUGGUGGGCGCCAUGCUCAAUUGGCGCGCGGAGAAUCCACAUAUCAUACUCGAAACGGAGCUGGACGCCCUCAGCCAGGAUGUCUACGGUUUCACGCCGCUCGCCUGGUCGUGUGUGCGCGGCCAUGUGGAGUGCUCCCUGCUGCUCUAUAAGUGGAAUCACAAUGCGCUGAAGAUCAAGACGCAGGGCCAGCAAACGCCACUGGAUCUGGCCAACCUUAAGGGGCACAAACAUCUCCUAGUGCAGAUGUUUCGACUGGAGAAGGAGCGCUGCCGCAAGCCGCACUUGCGCGGCGGCCUGGCCAACCUUUCCAUGAACAUUGGCGUGGAAACGGAAACGGAGGAUCAUCAGCAGAUCUACAACAGCUUUGACCUAGAGAUCCUCCAAAGAAAGCACGAUGGCGUCUUCCUCAGACCUGGGGCAGUGCACAGCAAUCAAAGUCCGCCCAACAACGGCAGCAGGUACUCCAAGCGCUCUUCCAUAGACAGCGGCAUCAACAUGGACAUACGCAGCAAGUCGGGCAAAUCCCUGGCCAGGCUGCACAGCAACUUUGAGGGCCACGACAACUAUGCACUGGGCGUGGACUCGCCGCUGGAUACGCUGACUGGGACCAAUUGCCUGCUCUCGCCACUGCGUAAAAUGGAUUUUGCCCUGUGCGAGGUAUCCACGGGCGAAUCGAGCCCCAUACACGACAAAGAUAUCGAUGGCGAUGACACCUUGACGAGCGCCACAGAUGUGACCAUAGGCAAUGACAUGGCCCUGGCCCUGGCCGAUGCAGUUGUAGGGGAUUCGGAUGCCAAAGUGCUGACACUGGCCGAACACAUUAUAGCAGCAAUGCCCGAGCGCAUCAAAAAUGAAGCAGAUGAAAUGAUGGUGCUGGGAAGCCCCUUGACUGAGCCAUUGACAUCAGAGUCAUCGGCGUUGACAGACAGCUUUAUGGAUCCCCUGCUCGACUCGCUGCCCAAUACGCAUUUUGACAGCGACUUCAGCUUCGACUUCCAUGACCACAGCUAUCGGUACCACGAUGUGAGCACGCCCUGCUCCAGCCUGAGUCCCGCCAGCUCGGGACCGCUGCAGUCGCCGGCCAGCUACUCCAUACUGGGCACUGAUCCGUCUGUCAGCUCGCCCAGUCCGCCGCCGUCGACCAAGCAGCUGACCGAGUUCCUGCACGCCUCCAGCCUGUCGCAGUAUCCGUUCGAGGCGGACUUUUCCAAGCUGACGCUGACCGACACUGAGCAGCGGGAGCUGUACGAGGCGGCCAAGUGCAUACAGAAGGCCUAUCGCUCGUACAAGGGCCGCCAGAAGCUCGAGGAGCAGAACAAAGAGCGCACUGCCGCCAUCGUCAUCCAGAACUAUUACAGGCGGUACAAGCAGUACGCCUACUACAGGCAGAUGACCAACGCCGCGCUGGUCAUCCAGCAUGGCUAUCGUUCCUAUCGAAAGAACAAACGCUUUAAGAAGAGUGGCCUGGGCCAGGGCAUGGCAGGGGGCAGCGAUCAUGGCAGCGUCAGCAGCAACUCGCAGUGCCUGUCCAGCUUCUACGAUCACUACAAGCAGGAUCAGCAGCAGCAGCAUGAGAUGGGCUCCCAGCCGAGCACGCCCAAGGAAACAAGUCCCUCGGGACCGUUGAAACGAACCUAUUCGCAGUCCACCCAGAAUCAAGCUGCCAGGAAGAUCCAACAGUUCAUGAGACAAUCACGCAUCAAACUACAGAGAGAGCGAGCCGAAAAAGAGAAGCUGGUGCACCAACGCAGGGCGGAAUACCUUCAAAACUUGCAGUUUCAAGGGCAGCAGGAAAUCUUGGCUUGCCUAGAAAAUAACAGUUCUGCCCAGAUCAGUGGGCAGACCACCUAUAUGAACAGCAUCAACAAUCUACAAUCCAAUCAGUGAGGGUAAACUGAGUGAACAUUUUUAAUAACAUAGGAACGAAGGGGCCGGGCUACAGGCCACAACGUUCCAUAAGAAUUUAUGAAUAGCUUUACCAACUGAGUGAAACGUUUCUACUUUCGUAUUUUUUUCGAUCAAGACUAAAAUUCAAGCACCUCCGUAGUGAAACUUUUGCUUCCAACUUAACUGAACUUAACUCAACUCAACUCUCUCUCUCUCUCUACCUAUCUAUCACUGAAUUAGUAGCAAGAACUAACUGCACUUUGAUUCAUUUGCGUAACGAAUUUUAAAACAAAAACUUGUAACUGAUUUCAAAAUGAACUUAGCCUAGGUUAGUGGUUUUUACAAAUAAGAGUAUUUAACUUAAUCUAAACUUAACUGAAAAUCGAACCGAACUCCAGGGAGAUGGAUGAGAACACACAAUUUUUCCAUUUGUCAACUUGAAAGAACUUAUUACCGAAGCCUUUGAAAAAACUUUUUAACUCCAAUUGUAGCGGAAAUCGUAGUCUACGAUAUACACAUAUGAACAUACAUACAUACAUAUAGUAUAUAUAUUAUAUACAAAAGAACCUAAAUGAAUAUUACUAAUAGCAAGUGUAUGCCCCUAUAUAGUUACAUUUGUACAUACAUAUAUACACAUACUAUAUAUAGAUAUGCCCAACUAACUAAAUUCUAGUCUAUUUGAUUUUACUAACAAGCAAAGCUCUGCAAUGCGACUAUGCUUGUCUCUAAACCCAAAACAAAAACAAAAAACUAAACAAAGAACACCCCAAUCCAGAUGCAUUAAUCAUCGACUACACUACGUUAGAUAGCUAGUUAACUAGUCGCUACGCUAACUGCUAUUUAGCUCUAAGACUAUGUAUGGGGGAACUCCACUCUUAAGUCCAAAAUGUUGUUGCUGAUUUCUAAAAUCAGAGUAGAAUUUGGAGUGGCGCAGCAGCUGCAAAUCUACACGCAUACGGCCGUAUAUACAUAUAUAUAUCAUGUUUCAAACAAAGCUAAAACUAAUCUUAUUUCCCCCUCACGCAAGUACUUAAAGCUAUGCAUGUGUGCUAAGUCUUAAUUUAUGUGACUACUUAGACUAAGCCUAGUGAAUGAUAGAAUAGAACAAACGUAGAGAUAACCUUGUGAAGCUCCUUUGGAUGAUGACUUAAGCCCCCCAGCCCCUCAGAUCUCCACCCAAACAAACUUGAAAGGAGUAGGGACGGUGGACGGGGGCACGUUGUUAUGGUGGAAAUCUAAGUCUCAACUUUCUGCUGCCUCAACUGAUUGAUACGCGAUCUAUAAUUGCUUGACAACACAGCCAAAAACCCAAAAAAAAAAAAAACCAAAAAGCAAGAGAGAAAAGUUUUUAAACUAAAUGUAACAAUAAAUGAAUUUUUGUAAAUUAUUUUUGUCCGUCCACAUUGUUAGCUUUCAUAACAUACCAACAAAAGCAUAUAUACUUACAAAUAUACACCAAACAAAUAUAUAUAUAUACCUACUUACAUACAUAUAUAUAGAGAAUGAACCGACGAUACCGAUCUGAUAGGCAAUGAAUGAUGCAAUGAAACAAUUUUUAAGAACCGUUCAAGUUUGAAUAAGUAGACAAACCAAACAAACAAAAACUAAUGUAUGUAAAUACACCAAAUCUAAAACUACGAAGGGGAAAGGAAAGCAGAAGAGCUCACAAAUGAAUAAAAUACAAAUUCCGACUUACUGUGUAAUCCCAAUAUUCAACUGCGAUUGCCUCAGUGGCAGAGUCUUGGAAAUCUGUGAACGUUUGUCACAAUCAGAGCCGCAGCAGCGGUGGAAUGGAGUGAAGGCAGGACAGGACAGGGCAGGACGAGACACAUUGUUAACUAUUGAACUACAGAACUAUUAUACUUAAUUCGCACUCUUAACAACUACUCAACGGAACUUUGAUUGCAUUUUUCUCUUACUUAACUGUGUACUAUAUACAUAUACAUAGAUCUGAUCAACUCAACUGAUUCGAAAACAGAAAUGAAGACUAAAUACGAUUUCACUACUCAACUGACUUUAAGAAUUGCAAUCAAUUUUGUUAACUUGCUUAGGCAGUGUGCUAGACAUGUAAACAGCAACUACAAAACGAAAAUGAAAUCGAAAUCUAAUUAAAUGGCAAUAUUUGCACAUAAUACACAAACACACACUCUUAUACUCUCACCAACACUCACACACACAAUUUAUAAACCUCAAUGUAGAUGAAACCUGAGUGUGUUUUAAUGGAAAAGAAGUCUUUUUUAAGGUAGAGAAGCGGCCAAAGGGCAAAGAAAAACUUAAGUACCUUAAGCCAAUUGGCGCUAAAACUAAAAACUAAUCUAAACUAAACUAAACUAAAACUCUAACAAACAAUUAUACAUAUAUACGAUACGAUAAACACACACACAAAAAAUAACAAUAAAAAAAACUAUGUAUAUCUUGUAUCGAACAGAUCGUAGGAUAUAGGCAUUUCGCCCUCGCCUAGUUUCAUUUGAAGCGUUUUUUUUUUCUAUCAACUGAACUAAACUCUAAUAAAACACCAAAAAUUGUUGAUAUUUAACGAAACUUUAUACAACAACCAAUAUAUAUAUAUAAUAUAAUAAUAUAUAUAUAUAUUUUAGCUAAUGUAAUUGGAUAUUUGGUACUCACAUAUCUGUUAGAUAAUUUCUACCUAUCUUCGUCCUAAUAGAACUUCUAAAGUGCGGCGCAUGUACCAGGCAAAAACAUUCUACUCCAACUAAGUAAUCCUAAACCUAAACCUAAUCCUAACUGAAUACCAAAAACCUAGCCCCUAACUAAUUGAAAACUAAAUCUGAGAAUUGUUUGUUUCUGCUUAGUAGGGCAAAUAUUUGGAGGGUACGAGAGUAUGUGAAAACUGUUAACUAAACUUUUAAGCGAAUUAUUGUAUGCAUAGAGAGUGUACUCUUUUUAAAUAAUUAUACCUACUUGUAUGGGAUAUUCAUCAUGUAACUAUAUACAUACUAUAUCUACAUACAUACAAAUAUAUGAAUACAUAUAUAUUUAUAUGCAAAAACUAAAGGAUGUUUAACGAAUCAACGUAUUAUACAUACAAAUAUAUGUACAGACACUGAUACAAACACACACACACACACACACACAGAUAGAGUUAUAUAUAUACAAUAUAUACAUAUUUAUAAAUUGUAUAACGACUUUCCAGUUUCUGUAUAAUUGUAAUUAAUUCAAUAAAGUUUA